UUAGCCGGGAGAGAGCGGCUGAUCGGAGGGAUGCUCGAUCAGGCGAAGCUAGACGACUUGCUGGUGUUCGGCGGCGGAGACGGAGUGUAUGAUGUGAAUUUGGUGGUAAGGUUGAUCAUAUUGUUCGUGUAUCACUAUGAUAACAUGUCAAUGGAGAGGAUGGUGAAAGUAGGGUUUCUGAUUGAUAUGUUUCUGGGGGAGAUUGGGCCUGAUCCUACCCUCAGAUUCACUAAGUUUCUUGCUGUUGCUGAGAGUUUGCCUGAUUGUGCAAGAGAUUCUUUUGAUCAAGUUUAUAGAGCAAUUGAUAUAUAUCUUCAGAUAUAAAAUCGUCUCCUGGCAAUG